GGGGCGGGGCGGGGCGGGGGCCGGGCUGCGCCGGGAAAACUCCGGCUGCGGGCGCGCGGGCAGGGGCCGAGGCCGGGGCGCCGAUGCUGCAGGUUCACAUCCCGUCCGCGGGCCCGGAGGCCGGGGCGCCCCGGCAGAGCCCGGAGAAGAGCCACAUGGUGUUCCGGGUGGAGGUGCGGUUCCGCGGGCGCAGACACACCGUGCCGCGGCGCUACAGCGAGUUCCACGCGCUGCACAAGCGGAUCAAGAAACUGUACAAGGUGCCCGAAUUCCCCUCGAAACGCCUGCCCAACUGGAGGAGCAGAGGCCUGGAGCAGCGGCGGCAGGGCUUGGAGGCCUACAUCCAGGGCAUCUUGUACCUGAACCGGGAUGUGCCCAAGGAGCUGCUGGAGUUCCUGAGCCUCCGGCACUUCCCCACAGACCCCAAGGCCGGCAGCUGGGAAGCCCUGGGGGAGCUCCUGCCUAGUGACAGCAGCACACAGCUGUACCACCGGCCUGUCAUCAGCUUCCGCGUGGACCCCUACAUUUCUCUCUCAUCCCCAGAGCCUCUGCCCAACGUGGUGGUGAGUGGCGUGCUCCAGGGCUUCUACAGCUUCAGCACCGGCCCCGCUGACGCCCAGCCGGAGGGUCCCGGGCGCCCUGCGCCUUCGCCGCCAAUGCCCUGACCAACCCAGAGGCCUCUGGAGCGCCUGCCCGCAGUCACGUGCCUGUCACUGCACCCUGAGACAGGGGCGGGUCCCCCUGGCUUGGACCCAGGACCUACCCACCCCAGGCCCAGAACCCAACUGCACCAUGUCUGGGGUGCUAGACCUGCACUCCGGGCAGGGACAACCAGAGGAGGAAAAGGGAGAGUUCAUUUAGGAGGUAGGCUCUGAAAAGGUACAGGUGUAUUUCUUCACCUUUGGGGGGAGGGAGGGAGCAAGCAAAGGCUGAGGCGUAGUAGCUGGCAAAGUUGAGAAGCAAAAGCUCGACAGUUUGUGGGUAGCAUCUGGGGAAAGGGUUCAGGUUGGAGCCCAAGGAGGGUCAAGCAGCCACUGGCUCAGGAGUCCCAGACAGGCCGGGCCAUGGACUUGAACAGAGAAGUUGCGGGCCCAAGAACCCACACACUGGUUAUAAAAAACCCACCUUUUUUUUUAAUUGGUCAGCGUUGGUAGAAGUUUGUUACAAAACUGGGCCUAUGGAAUGUGAGGGCGGGUCCGCUCUGCCAGACACGGGCACUAGGGCUGGUGCAGCGCAGAGCCCUGCGGAGGGCUGUCUUCGCCCCCGAGAGGGCAGCAGGCCCAAACACGUCGCUCAAGAGGGAACUGUCCUGGGGCCCUACUCCUUGGCGAUGGCAAAGGGCUUCUCCACCUCGAUCUUGCCACAGUCUGCAAUGAUCACGUCCUUCAGGGGCUUGUCCCGAC